AUGGCCCUUACUGAGACCACCACCGACAGCGUGAAGACAACUUUGUCUGGCGCAAGGUAUCACACUUGCGUGGUCGAGAACCAUGAUUUUGUCCCUCCAAAGGACUUCGAGUUUCCGGGCAAUCUAGUCCCUGUGCAAAUCAAUCCUAAGGGACCGACGGAGGUUCCUGUCAAGACGUUUGUUGAUUACUCCAAGCCAGAAAACGAGUACAGAUACAAGGACUUCUUGCCAUACAACACGCUGACAUCGGAGGACGCACUUACUCCGUAUGAACAUGUGGAUGCGGCAUCUCGAGCUGAUCCCGACAAAAAAGCGCUUCUGGAUGCCAUUCCUGACAAAAAGGACAUGACACCUAAUAUUGGUACCGAAAUUAGGGGCAUCCAGUUAAGUGGUUUAAGCAAUCAGCAAAAAGACGAACUGGCACUCCUCGUUGCCGAGCGCGGUAUUGUCAUUUUCCGCGAGCAGGAUUUUGUCGAUCAAGGCAUUGACUGGUUGCGCGAGUUUGGAUCUUACUUCGGUCGACUACAUGUACACCAAUGGGGAGUCCACCCAAAGGACGCUCCUGAAUUGACUGUUGUUUUCCGUGAUAGUGACAAGGGCUCAUAUUUCGAUAAUCAAGCCGAGGGCUCGCUCAACACAGUGUCAUGGCACACAGACAUGUCAUACGAGAAGAAUCCGCCGGGAGUGACCUUUCUUUCGUCACUCAGCGGACCGAGCUGCGGAGGUGACACUCUGUAUGCCAACACCAUGACUGCUUACGAUCGCUUGUCGCCUACCAUGCAGAAGUUCCUAGAGACUUUGGAGGCCGUGCACUCAGGGACCCGCCAGAAUCUGCUCUCCAACAAAACCAACCUUGUUCGACGACCUGGUAUUGAUACGAUCCAUCCCGUGGUUCGCAAGCACCCCGUGACGGGUCGAAAGGCGCUGUGGGUGAACCAGGAAUACACCACCAAGAUCGUGGGUAUGAAGAAAGCGGAGAGUGAUUUGCUUCUGAACUUCCUUUUUGAUCAUAUUCAUCGAGGCCUGGACUUUCAAACCCGUGCCAGGUGGGAAAAUGGAACAGUUGUUGUGUAUGAUAAUCGCAUGGUGCAGCACUCGGUCACGCUGGAUUAUCCCGUGGGUCAGGGGGGACGCCGUCAUUUGGUUCGGGUCACACCUCAAGCUGAGCCGCCAUCUCUAUAG